GGAAGAUUUCUUAAAACACAGACAAAGUCUGAUUGAUAGGGUUCCAGAAAGGUCACUGUACACUGCUUCAAAAUGACAACAGUGCGGGCUUUCACGUGCGACGAUUUGUUUAAAUUCAACAAUAUAAACUUGGAUCCAUUCACAGAAACUUAUGGGAUUCCAUUUUACCUACAGUACCUUGCCCACUGGCCAGAGUACUUCAUUGUUGCAGAGGCACCUGGUGGGGAAUUAAUGGGAUACAUCAUGGGCAAGGCGGAGGGAUCCGUGGCACGUGAGGAGUGGCACGGCCACGUCACAGCUCUGUCUGUGGCCCCGGAGUUCAGGAGACUGGGACUGGCUGCCAAACUCAUGGAAAUGUUGGAGGAGAUCUCGGAAAGGAAGGGCGGGUUCUUCGUCGACCUCUUUGUGAGAGUCUCCAAUCAAGUGGCGGUCAACAUGUACAAACAGCUAGGCUACAGUGUCUACAGGACCGUAAUAGAAUACUACUCUGCCAGUAACGGGGAGCCGGAUGAAGACGCCUAUGAUAUGAGGAAGGCUUUGUCGAGGGACACGGACAAGAAGUCGAUCGUCCCCUUACCGCACCCCGUCAGACCCGAGGAUAUAGAAUAACGGUAGACUGUGGCUCUCCGACACCACUGCCUCUCCCCUCACGGUGACGUAGAUGAGGAUGAACCGAAAUGUGAAAUAUUCCACUAUCAGGACCUGUUUUUUGCUAGGUAUUUUGAAUUUCACUGUACAUACUGUAUGAAUCUGUCAAAUAGGCCUACAUCUUUGCAGAAUGUUUUUUAUGCCGUUGGGUCCGAGAGCCACAGUUUAAAUACAUCAUCAGUGUGCGGAUCUGAGAGGCGAUGGAAAUGUGCUUCAUAUUCAAUAAACAACUGUGUGACCUA